GGCUGCCCGCCCUGAGGGGACAACAACGGUCCGCGCUGAGGGGACGCUGCCCACACCGACUGAGGGGGGCCAGCGUGUUCUGAGAGGACGCUGCCACUCUGAGGGGCCCCGGCCCGUGCUGAGGAGACAUUGUCCGUGCUGAGGAGACACUGUCUGCCCUGAGGGGACACUGCCCACCCUGAGGGGGCCCUGCCUGCGCUGAGGGGACAUUGCCCUCACUGAAGAGACAACAACUGUCCACGCUGAGGGGACGCUGCCCACACCGACUGAGGGGGGCCGGCGUGUCCUGAGAGGACUGAGGGGUCCCGGCCCGCGCUGAGGGGACAUUGUCCGUGCUGAGGAGAAACAGCCCGCGCUGAGGAGACACUGUCCGCUCUGAGGGGACACUGCCCACCCUGAGGGGGCCCGGCCCGUGCUGAGGGGACGUUGCCCUCACUGAGGGGACGCUGCCCAAGCUGAGGGGACAACUUCGUGCUGAGGGGGCACGGUCUGCACUGAGGGGCCAUUGCCCUCGCUGAGGAGACGCUGCCCAAGCUGAGGGGACAACUUCGCGCUGAGGGGACACGGUCCGCACUGAGGGGCCAUUGCCCUCACUGAGGAGACGCUGCCCAAGCUGAGGGGACAACUUCGCGCUGAGGGGACACAGUCCGCACUGAGGGGCCAUUGCCCUCGCUGAGGAGACGCUGCCCAAGCUGAAGGGACAACUGUUCGCGCUGAAAGGACACUGCCCAUGCUGAGAGGACACGGCCGGCACUGAGGGGACACUCUCCAUGCUCAGGGGACGCUGCCCACCCUGAGGGGGUCCGGCCCGCGUUGAAGGGAUGCUGCCCGCGCUGUAAAGGUGAGCCCCGUCAGCGAUGAAGGGGUCCCGGGGCGGGGGUCUCCCCGGGAGCGGCGUGGACUUGAGCCUGACGGGCCUCCAGCUGGCGUUCUCCAGGCGCCCCGGCGGCCUGGCACCCCCCAGGCCCAUCGCCCGCUCCGUCUCCGUCACCGCAGGAAACCAGCCCGCCCGGAACCAGCUGGAGGGCGCGGGCCUGGCGGGCUCCAGAGCCAUCAACAACCUCCGAAGGUCUAACAGUGCCACACACGUCAACGAUGGCCUCAGCAUGGAGCAGCCGGAAGAGCUCCUGGCCUUCUUCGACAGCGGGGCCAGAGGGAGGAAGGAGCUGAGCCCCGUCUACCCCGAGAAGAGGACCACGUGGAACGUCUUGGAUGACCAGCCCAGGGUCUCCCCCGUGGUGCCCAGCGCCCGCCGUGCCGGCCCCGUGGACUCGCCGGUUGGCAUGAAGAAGAAAGAAACCGGCGUGGCCCUGGCAGCCAACUUCACGGCCAACAACAGGAGCAACAAGGGAGCCAUGGGCAACUGUGUGACCACCAUGGUCCACAACUAUUUGACCACUGACAGGAUGCACCCGCCCAAGAGCUCCUUGAAAACCUUCAGUGGUUGCCCAUCACUCUUGGCAUCACCUUCCGUCUUGCCUCUAGGAGCAACAAGGGAGCCAUGGGAGCAACAAGGGAGCCAUGGGCAACUGUGUGACCACCAUGGUCCACAACAACUAUUCGACUGCCGACAGGAUGCUCCCGCCCAGGAGCUCCUUGAAAAUCUUCAGUGGUUGCCCAUUAGUCUCGGCAUCGCCUUCCCUCCUACCUCUAGGAGCAACAAGGGAGCCAUGGGCAACUGUGUGACCACCAUGGUCCUCAACUAUUUGACCGCUGACAGGACGAGCAACAAGGGAGCCAUGGGCAACUGUGUGACCACCAUGGUCCACAACAACUAUUCGACCGCCGACAGGACGCUCCCGCCCAAGAGCUCCUUGAAAACCUUCAGUGGUUGCCCAUUACUCUUGGAUGCCCCUGCCCAAGAGCUCCUUGAAAACCUUCAGUGGUUGCCCAUUACUCUCGGCAUCACCUUCCCUCUUGCCUCUAGGAGCAACAAGGGAGCCAUGGGCAACUGUGUGACCACCAUGGUCCACAACAACUAUUCGACCGCCAACAGGACACCCCCACCCAAGAGCUCCAACCAGGCGGCUCCGUCUCUCAACAACCUCGUUAAAGCCACCUCCCGCGAGGAGGCCGAGAGCGGCGGCAGCUGCCGGAAGUCACGGAAGAACCUGAGCAGGGGCGGCGGCGGCGGCGGCGGCAUCGGGGAUGCGGCCCCCAACAACGCCGACGGCCCGGCCGGCCCGCCCAGGAGGAAGGAGGUGACCGAGGAGGAGGCCGAGAGGUUCAUCCGUCGCGUCAACCAGGCGGCCGUCACCAUCCAGCGCUGGUACCGGCUCCGAGUGGAGCAGCGGAGGGCCGGCGUGGCCAGCCUGAACCGCCUGCUGGCUGCCAAACGAGAGGAGUGGCGGCGGCGGGCACUGCCACAGGUCGAGGACCUACUGGAGCGACGGCGCCGCGGGGAGGAGGAGAGGCGGAGGAUCCGGGAGGAGAAAGCCCGGCAGGCCCGGCGAGCGGCCAUCCAGGAGCUGCAGCAGAAGCGGGCCCAGAAGGCGGCGGGCCAGGCCAAGCCGCCCCCGCAGGCGGCCCGGGACCGGGAGGAAGAGGAGGAGGACGACGACGACGAGCCGGGACCCCCGAGGGAGAGCAGGAAGAUGGGGAAGAGGAAGACCAAGAACGGCAGCCCGGCUCCGGGUGCCGUCAAAGUCAACAAUGCCGAUGCCGGCUUCCAGGCCCGAGACCCCGAGGAAGCCUUCAGCCCGGCCCCAGAUCCCAAGCCUCAGGACGCGAGCCCCCGCGAGCCGGUAGCCGCCCCGGCCGGCGGAGGCCCGUCCAAGGGGCCGCUGGAGGAACUCCUGGACACGCUGAAGAUGCUGGAGGAGGAACCGGACCCCCCGCCCCACCCCAAGGCCGCCAAGAAGGACAGAUACGCCUGGAUCGAUGGGGAGGAGGAGGAGGAGGAGGAGGAGGGGCCCAACUCCCUGACGGCCGACAACCUGGAGCGGUUUGGGAAGCUGAACCGGCUUCCCGGCGGCGGGGCCGGGGGGGCCCUGCUCUCCGAGGCCAAGCUGCAAAGCAUCAUCAGCUUCCUGGACGAGAUGGACGAGUCCGAGCGGGAGCGGCCCCGCUCGGCCGCCUCGGCCCCCCGGCGGGAGGGGCUUCCGUCAGAGGAGGACCAGCUGGCCCACCUGGAACAGGCGUCGGCCGUGGCCGCCGAGGUGACCAGCUCCGUGCUGCGCCUGAAGCAGGAGGUGGAGGAGAAGAAGCGCGCCAUCGCCCUGCUGCAGACGGCCCUGGCGCAGCAGCGGGAACUGACUGUCCGCCAGGCCAAGGACACGGAGAAGCAGCUGAGCCACCAGCUGCAGCUGCAGAAGGAGCAGUAUGACGCGGCCCUCCAAAGACACCAGGCCUUCAUUGACCAGCUGAUCGAGGACAAGAGGGUCCUGAGCGCCAAGUGCCAGGAGGUGGUGGCCGAACUGAAGGAGGUGGAGCAGAAGUACACCAGGAAGAUCGGUCAAGUUGAGGAACGGCACCAGCUGGAGCUGAAGAAGCUCAAGGAAUUGAUGAGCGCCACGGAGAAGAUCCGCCGGGAGAAAUGGAUCGACGAGAAAACCAAGAAGAUUAAAGAGAUCACCGUCCGAGGCCUGGAGCCGGAGAUCCGGAAGCUGAUGGCCCGCCACCAGGGCGAGGUGAAGAAGCUGAAGGCCCUCCACGAGGCCGAGCUGUCGCGGGCCGACGAGCGGGCCGCCCAACGCUACGGGCAGCAGGCGCGGGAGCUGCGCGCCCACCUGGAGCGGGAGAAGGAGCAGGAAGGCCAGCGGGAGCGGGAGCGGGCCCGGCAGCGGUACGAGAAAUGCCUGGAGCAGGAAGAGCAGGCCCUGCAGAAUCAACGGCGCCGGCUGUACGGCGAGGUGGCCGAGGAGAAGGAAAGGUUGGCCCAACAAGCAGCCAGGCAGCGGGCCGAGCUGGAGGAGCUGCGGAGGCGGCUGGAGGAGAACGGCUCGCUGCUCAGCCGGACCCUGAGGGAAGAGUACCGCAAGGGCGAGGAGGAGCAGGAGCGACGCCACCAGGUGGAGCUGACGGCCCUGAAGGAGCAGCUGCAGGUGGAGAGACAGGCCUGGGAGGUCAACUCCGUGAAGAAAGAGGAGGCCUGGAUGCAGGCCCGUGAGCGGGAACUCAGAGAGGAGGUGCGCAAAGGCCGCGACAAGGAGAUCGAGCUGGUCAUCCAGCGCCUCGAGGCCGACGUGUCCGUCACCAAGGAGGAGUGCGAGCGGGCGGCCGAGAGCAGGGUGCAGCGCGUGCGGGACAAGUACGAAGCGGAGCUGGCGGAGCUGGAGGGGUCGGAGCGGAAGCUACAGGAGCGCUGCACGGACCUCAAGGGGCGUCUAGGCCAGGCGCAGGGCGAGGCCGAGCGCCUCCGGGCCCUCGUGAGCCAGAAGGAGGAGGAGGCGGAAGACGUCCGGCGGGUGAAAGAUCGACUGGAGGCGGAGCGGAACAACCUGGCCGAGGUGAUCCGCCAGGAGUUUGCCGACGGGCUAGUGGCCGCCGAGGAGGAGAACCGGCAGCUGAAGGCGGACAUGGCCCGGCUGCGGGCCCGCCAGCGGCUGGACCUCGAACAGGUGGCCCGAGCCAAGCAACUGGAGCUGGAGGAGGUGCAUAGGAGGGUGAAGUCGGCCAUUGGGAGGAAGGAGGAGACUGUGAAUACCUUGCGCAAACAAUAUGAAGCGGCCGUGAAACGGGCCGACCAUUUGGAGGCUUUGCUGGACCAACAGAAGAAGCAGCUUCUGAGCGACGGGUGAUGACGGGGUGGCUCCUGGCCGGACGUGGGACGUCGCGGUUGUAUUUGAACAGUAAAAGAAGUCAGUUGUC